GACAAAAGUGGGUCAUGUGGAGAUGGAGAAAAGUCGGUCACCCACGAGAGAAACACGGCCAUAGGAUCCAGCAAGACCUAGUCAUUGUAUGGUCGAAAGACUAGCCAAUGGACCGUCCAGCCAGCAGGCCACCAGACACGGGUCAGCUAAAGGACGUGAGGGCAGGACCCGAGGCUCCGUCCAGUCCACCUGCUGAGCUGCACCAUGGGCUGGAGCCUCCCACCGCCCACAGGGUACAGAGCCGCACUAACAGCAGUGCCAGUAGUUCCAGUAGCAUUGAACAGAGAGAGUCCCCAGCUUCCAUGCAGCACUCACAGCCACGUUAUGAGCAGAGGGAAUCUCCGGCUUCAGUGAUGCACUCUCAUUCUCGGGGAGAGCAGAGGGAAACCUCAGCUUCAGUUUUACUUUCACAUCACAGAAGUGAACAGAGAGAGUCUCCGGCUUCAAUGAUGCACUCCCAUUCUAGAGUUGAGCAAAGAGAGUCUCCGGCUUCAAUGCUACACUCCCAUCCUCGUUCUGAGCAAAGAGAGUCUCCAGCUUCAAUCUUCAAUGUUACACUCCCAUGCUCGUUCUGA